CUUCAGUUUACAGACUUGAUGCAAGAGAGAGUGGAGCUGAAGGAGCGUGUAGAAGAGCUGGAGCAUCGAUAUAUUCAGCUGUCAGGAGAAACAUACACUAUUGGUGAAUACAUUGCACUUUAUCAGAACCAGAGAGCCAUACUGAAGCAGCGUCACAAGGAAAUGGAGGAGUACAUUAGCUGACUGGCUCAGGACAAAGAGGAGAUGAAGGCUAAUCUGCUGGAAUUGCAAGUUUUGGUCAUACGGCUGGUAACUGAGCGCAAUGAAUGGUACAGGAGGCUCAUGGAAGCAACCCAGGGUCCCCAGACAGGGUCAGAAGAGUUCCCAGCAGAAAACCCUAUGGAACUUGAAGGAAAAGAGAAUGGAGCUCUGGAGGAAGUCGGCUUAGAGGAGGAUGGGAGACGGGAAGUACAGUCAUUGCCUCAUUUGGCAGCUCCUCAGGAACGACUAAACCCCUGGAUCAGAAGACCUAACCACUAAACAAAUUAUGCAUGAGAUACAGAAUCCCCAGGAACGGCCCAGUGCCCUGCUGCAGAAUCCACGCAUCCCCUUUUUCCAACGUGCUGUCUAAAAUGACGAGGUCCGAAUUAUGGUGAUUUGAGGGAGAAGUUGACCGAUGCAUCCCUCCUUUUCCCAUGCCAACGCCUGCUUGUGCUGGGAUUCAUUUUCUCCAAGGACACAUUAGAAACAAUUGCUUUGGGAUGGGGGAGUGCUGGAGAUUGGCAAUUAAUGGGAUGGAUGUGGAGAACUGUUGCCUUUUGCCUUUCUGUACUGAAUUUCGGGUCCCAUAGUGAAUAGUUGGUGAAAUGUGGAGUAUUUUCUUCCACCCAAGGGAACCCCUGUAUUGCAAAGGCCAAUGGGUUAUACCAUUCAGUGCAGAUUUGUUUCCACACUCUAGUUUAAAGCUGCUAUUUUCACCUGCUACCCUUGGGGGGAGGGGGCUCAACCCCGUCCACUUGAAUAGUCUUUUUUAUUUCUGGAUUAUGAUGUUGACCACAAGAAGAAUGGUGGUUUAGAAAUGAGGUGGAGGGUUAGACUGUUAAGGGAAGGCUGUUAAGGCAGAGCAAAAGAGAUAAUAUGACCAUGUUGCUGUGUUGUUCAUUCUCACAUAAUAAGUAAUCCAUUGGGAAAAAUGUGUUAUUCUAGAACUUUGGGUAAAGGCAGAUGAUUGACGUUGCUUGUAAGUAUGCAGCCCAAGGAAUCUUCUCUUGCAUUGCGUUGAUCUCAUACUCAUGGGAAGAGUUUUUUUUUUUGUUUUUUUUUUUUUUAACAGAUGCAAAAGUUAAGGAUUAAGGAUUUUUUAGCUCAAAAAUGGUCAAUGAAGAUAUAAGUUAAAGUGCAGAUUGUUAUAGAAGCUGUAUCCAAACUAAAGUCUUUCUAGGGGAAAUUCCUGAAUGAAACUGAUAUAUCUACGGUCGACUGAACCCAGUACAUUGUCAGACACAUUGUGCAGCUCUGCAGCCUGAACAGGUAUCAUUACAAUCAGUCUGGCUUCAUACAAGGCAUAUGGAGGUUGUUUUUGAAUAAGGAGUAGCAGAAGACUAAGACCUAAGCAGUGGAUAAAAAUGAUAUACUGACGAGCAUUACAUGAGCAGAAGCAUAUUUAUUUUAUAUUUGAAAGUAGCACACAUUGAGGUUUUAAGGAAUUUGCACCUUUCCCUUCUCUCUGCUUAAAGGGCCAUAUACCAUAUGACCGUGUACAAUGUCUCAGAGUGUCCUGGUUAAUUUUUCACUUUAACUUUUUUAGAUUUCAUGAUGUUAGCAGUUUUUUUAAUUCAUGCAUAUAUCUUGAAUGUGUAACCUUUUGUGCCUCCUGUUGUUUGACCCAUGCAAAGCUGCAAAAGCUUAAAGGAUCAGUAACAUCAAUUUUUAAAAAAAAUUGGUUAGUAAACCUGUAGAACGAAAAAAACCCACAAAGACCUAUUAAACUUUUAAAUCACUAAGUAUUUAGUAUUAAAAAAUAACUUACCCAAACUGCGAUUGAGCUCCUCUUCAGAAAAGGCGAUACAGCCACAAUCCAUCAUGUGGCACUCGAUUUCUCCUCCCUAGCUAUCUCCUAUAAGGAAAGCAGGGAGGAGAAACCGAGCGCCACACAACGGAUCACCGGAUUGCCUAUUCUGAAGAGGAGCGAGCGCAAGUGGAGUUUUGUGUUUGUUUUUUUUUUUUUUAAAAAUUUACUAGUCAAUUUUUAAUUUACUGAAGGAGGAAGCAUCUCCUGCUGCUUCCCUGCUUAUCUUUUUUUUUUUUUUUCUCAAAUGUUACAGGAGUGAUAGACCUGAGCAGGUAAAGGCCCGGAAGACCCUCCCUGCUUCAGUAAAUUAAGCUGUUGCUGUACUUUUGGGGUACUAGGGUUACACGUUCAUGAUAUUACCAGCAUAAAAACUGCUAAUAUUACAUUUAAAGGAGAACCAAACCCUAAAAAUGAAUGUGGCGAAAAAAUGCCAUUU